UUAUUUAAUCCGAGUCAAACACAGCAAACAUUGUGUUUUCAUUAUAUAUGUUAUUAUGUAUUCAUAUAUAUAGCAUUGAUAUACUUUAUUUUAUUUUAAUGCAAUUUCAACUACAACUUGCAUUCCCUUCAUAAUAUGUUCCCCACUGUCCUCAGAUCGUGGACUGAGGUGCUUUCAACGACAGGAGAUUCGUUAAAUUGACCCUGCGAAAACUUCUGACGAUUCAAAAAGUCCAUAAAGUGUAAUAACUUAUUUUGCGAGUCAUUUAGGCCUCCGCCAUGAAUGCCGUAGCAACCAUGAAUAGAUUUUAUUUGAAGAUUUUUUGAAUGGUGUUUGGUUGUGACGGUUCGGGCCAUUAGUAUAUCUCUGCCGCCUCCGGGUCGGGUCUGCAGACAUACCAUCCUCGCACAGUGGCGGAAGCCAUCUGGGGUAAACUGAUUCCAGACCAGCAAAGUGCGUUACACGGGAGCCUUGAAUUUUCUGCACGAUUUUUUACAUUAAACAUAUUGAAAAGGAGACAUUCUGGAGUACAUGUCAUGGAGUCCAGCGGAUGGGUUGGCAACUCUGUGUCUCCAGAGUCAACGGCGACCUCCCUGCUGUCAAGCUCAGGUCACCUGAGGAGCAACCUAGUGGCCUCUGGACACAACACCACCUUCAGAUACAGAAACAAGAAUUAUGACUCAGCCUCAGCAGCGUUGGAUGCCUACAUUGCAGACUUUGAAAGCAGUUGUCAGAACAGCAUGUUGUUGACAGGAAGCUUUGUUCUGCCGCGGAGUCCACCCUUCAUGCUGAGUAGACCCAGAGUGGGCAUGCUCAGAAACAAAGAUGUUCUUAGGGAGCGUUUGACCGAGAGGGAGCUCGACUUCCUGAACCUACCUGUCAGCUCCCUUCAUCACAGUUGCAAUCGAGACAGACUAUCCAUGACGACGGACGAGCUGCUGUCGAUCCCUCAUGAUGGCUCAAUGCCUGUCACCCACACCUCUGCCUUUGUUCAAGGGCUCAUGUCCCAGUCUGGAGCUUACCAGCCCUGUCCCUCCUCCAGACCAUCACACAGUACUUGGGACAAACUCAGCAGCAGCCAUGCUGUCCCCCGACUGAACCAUCAUCACCCUCAUCCUCACCCAGCCGGGACUCCCAGCAACUCAAGGUGCAGAGGAAAAGCAGGGGCAGCCAUGUUGAAACCAGAAGAUGACAUCUCCUCAGUCAGCUUCUACAGGUCUGCACACGGGGCAGCAAGGUCAGAAUGGGCAGAGCCAUCUACAUCCCUCCACCUUCCUCACUGGCUCACUAGCAACAAGACUGGCAUGGACGGUCCUGGUAUUACCAGCGUGCCAGACCUGAAGUAUCCAGCCUGGAUCCAACGCUUUGACCUCAGCGAGCUGCCACAACCCAUAGAGUCAGAGCUGUGGGAAGACCACAGCACUAAAACUAGUGUUCUUCCACCUGCAGCUCCCAGACCUGGAGCUCCAUCCUGGGUUGCAGAGCUGGAGGAUGAUGAUCCUGAUCAGACAUCCUCACAAGUUGACAGCCAGCUGACUCUCAAAGAUCUGAGGCUUCAGUUUGCUGAACAGAUUUCUCUACUGGCUGCCAAGAAAAAAAGCUCUGACAUGGAAGCUAUCUUCAAGGACAACAGAAUUGAGUCUCUGAUCCAGAAGGCAGAUCAGGUGUUGAACUCUCUGUCUCAGAGUUCUGUAAGGGCAUACAGUGAUGCAGAUGAGUCCAGAGCUCAACCCAAGAAACAAGACACCGCUCCUGAUUGUGUUGGUGAAGCUGUCAGUCCACAGAACACAGAGGAGCUCCUGCUGUUUCCGUCAUCACACUGUCAUCCAAUCACUCUGGAGUCAUCAGCAGCAGAAGGCGUUACAGAGGCUCUGACUGACAGAGGAGCUCAGGCUCAGCGCUGCAGUCUCCAUGGAAACAGCACCUUGAGGCAUCCUGGUCCAGUCGAGGCUCUGAAACAGAUGUUGUUCAGACUGCAGGCGGUUGAGACAGAGCUUCAGCGACAACAACAGACAUCAUUAGCUCCAACAAUCACUGACAGGCUACAGACGGGGACUCCCGUGAAGCAGAGGCCUGAACCUGAAGCAGAGCUGGAAAGUUUUGCUUGUGGGCCGUCACUACAGAGAGCUAUGAGUCACCUGAGCCGUCUGAAGUUACUGGUGGAUGAACCCAGCAAGGAAAACCGAGAGAAAGAGGAGGAAAAAUAUGAAGACGAAGGACGCUACUCCUCUUCAUCUGCUGAUGGACUCAGCACUCAGGACUUGGCAUCGACCCUCCUGAAGCUAAAUACCUCUUAAUCAGGGUGAGGAACUUGGUGUCAGUAUGACAGUCUAUCUAACCUGUUAACAUGUAUGCCAAACUGAAAAGCUCAGUUUGGCAUACAUGUUAACAGGUUAGCGCAGCCACACUGACGGCAUGACUAGCACGGACUAGCGCAGCAUCAUCACACCAGCGAUACACUGCAGUUUCAAUGUCUUUAUCUGUGGAAUAUGUCACAGACAUGAAGAGAAUACACACAACGGGUGAAGUGUCAGUGUUCUCCCUCUUUAUGCUUUGUCUACAUUGGUUGCUUGUGUUGAGCGUGGCAGCUGAGCUGCUGUGGCUCACUUCUGUUUGUGUGUUCACACAGGCAGUGUUCCUGCAUCUCCUGCCUGCCCGAUUUGUUUACAUGGAGUUUGACUUUGAUAAUCAUCGAUAAAUGUAAAGACGUGGUUUUCCUUUAGCCCCGCUGAAAGAGUGAGAAAGCUGAAGGGGGAAAGAGAAGGACAAAGAAAAAAAGCUUUGUAUUCUCUUCCAGUUUGACAUGUUCUAAAGACACAGAUAUUAAAAAUGUUGUAAAAUGCUGGUAUAAUGUCAAUAUGACUGUCUACAGGUGGUUUUCAGGUGUAUUUUGGCAGAUAUUUGUGUGUGCUGCAAUAAGAAUGAACAAGUGCUCCUGCAGCCUGAUUCGAUUUUGUCCAUUUAAGGAGCAGCCUGCUGGGAGGAUGGUUUAAAUAGCACUAAGUCAGUGACUAUAUCCCAUUUACAUUUCUAUUUCUACAUUUGUUCAAUAAAACUAUGCAACAUGGAA